CUGCUUUGUUGUAGAUUUCUUGUAGGUUUCCUGCAGAUUUUUAAGUGUAGCAAUGGAGCCGAGUUGGAGUACAUUCUUAUUUCAGCAGGCCAAUGAAGCCCUUCAUCAUCAGCACCAGGUGCCCCAGAACAGCCUGCUUCCGCUGCUCAACUCUGGGGUCGAGCCCCAGGACCAGAAGCCUGUGUUACCUAUCCAGUUGGACCAGAAGCCCCCGGUCAGUGCCGCCGACCUCCUCAAGGACAAUGUGGCCAGUGUGGCGGGGGGUGGUAGAGGAGGGGGAGGUGGCGGGGGCCCGGUCCCGGUUGCCGUGGUGAAGAAGGAGCCCAAGUCCAAGACGCCGUUCAUCUGCGGCUACUGCAACAAAGCUUUUCGGGACAGUUACCACUUGCGGCGGCAUGAGUCCUGCCACACGGGCAUCAAGAUGGUGUCACGGCCCAAGAAGACACCCACGGCGCCCACCAUGGUGCCCCUCAUUUCCACGGUGCCGCGGGAGAACAACACUAACCCCUCCUACAUCUCCACCAUCGCUGGCAUCCUCACCACGGGAACCACCUCCACCACCACGGCCGCCGGUAUCAUGUCGGCCAUCCCGCCGCAGCCCAGUGUCCCCAAGAAACCGCCGAAGCCCGUAAAGAAGAACCACCCGUGCGAGAUGUGCGGCAAGGCCUUCCGCGAUGUCUACCACCUCAACCGACACAAGCUGUCUCACUCCGACGAGAAACCGUUCGAGUGCCCCAUCUGCCAGCAGCGAUUCAAGAGGAAAGACCGCAUGACUUAUCAUGUGCGCUCGCACGAUGGCGGCGUGCACAAACCUUACAUCUGUUCUGUCUGUGGGAAGGGCUUCUCCAGGCCAGAUCAUCUAAGCUGUCAUGUGAAGCACGUUCAUUCCACAGAGCGACCCUUCAAAUGCCAAGUAACGGCAUGCACGUCCGCUUUUGCCACCAAAGACAGACUCCGUUCCCACAUGAUCCGACACGAGGGGAAGGUCACCUGCAACAUCUGCGGCAAGAUGCUGAGUGCCGCCUACAUCACCAGCCAUUUAAAGACACACGGGCAGGCCAGCUUCAACUCCUCCUGUAACAAAGACUCUAACAACCUGUGCAACACAGCCGCGGCAACACCCGUCACUGCCUCCGCCACCAACACUACUGCCCUUAAUCGUGGCAACGCCAGUAACCCCGUCACCAUCGCCACCAACACAGUCAACAUCACUACGCCCGUCAACCUCCAGCACCCUGUCACCAUCACCACGCCUGUCAACAUUGCCUCCGUCAACAUCCCCGCCACAGCAACCAUGAACAUCGCCCACCCAGUGGCCAUCACCACGCCAAUGCCCAUGAACAUCACCGGACCCCUCAACAUCGCCAUGAGACCCAUGGAGAGCAUGCCCUUUCUCUCCCAGGUCCUGCCCUCCUCCCCACCCUGGUAGAAUGUGACGGCGUGCCCCCCCCCAAACCUC